GCAAAUGGUUUUUAUAAAAGCUUGGCUUCGGUGCGGAGACUAUGCAGUAGACUUUAGCAAUGAAGUGUUCUCCCAAAUCCUGUUGAGAGGCUGCAGACAACAUGGAAGAAGAGAAAUCAUGCCAUCCUAUUCCUCCUCUUCACAAUGCCAACUCUGAUAUAGCAAGAUCGCUGAGAGAUAUACCGCCAGCUCACUACACUCUUAAGAUUGAGUCAUUCUCAGAACUCGCACAGUUAUUGUUGGAUGCUGAAGUGCAGAAUUAUGAAUCAGAUAUUUUUGAAGCCGGUGGCUACAAAUGGAAAUUGUGUCUCCACCCAAAUGGUGAUAAAGAAAGAAAUGGGGAAGGACACAUCUCUCUAUACUUGGUAAUCACUGAGACUAGUGAGUUACCUCUUGGUUGGGAGGUCAAUGUAAACUUCAAAUUGUUUGUGUAUGAUCAGAUUCAAGACAAGUACAUGACCAUCCAAGAUGCCAAUGGGAAGGUUAGACGCUUUCAUAGGAUGAAAACCAAGUGGGGUUUUGCCCAAUUACUCCCACUUGGUACUUUUAAUGAUGCUGCUAAUGGAUACCUCAUCCACGACACUUGCGUGUUUGGGGCUGAAGUUCUUGUUAUAAAUUAUAAUGGCAGAGGAGAGUGUCUAACUGUAUUGAAGGGACUUGACAGUACGUACACUUGGAAGAUUGAUAACUUCUCAUCUCUAGAUGGCAAAACUCAUUAUUCUAAAGUCUUCACGAUUGGAAAUCGGAAGUGGUAUGCAAUCAUUAACUUCGCUCCUCUCAAUUACAAUAAGCAGAUUGAUAAUCUAACAAUUAACUGCUUUUUAUGACUUCCUAUAACAAAACCAGGAAGUUA